CUUCAGCCCUUUAAUCAACUAGAAAGUCGGUCGCAGGACGCAGGCAGAGAGACACGGGACGGGGCGGGCGGCUCCUGCACAAAUGGCAAAAUUCCUGUCCCAGGAUCAAAUUAAUGAGUUCAAGGAGUGUUUUUCCCUCUACGAUAACAACCACAAAGGCAAGAUCAAAGCCAGCGACCUGAUCACCGUGAUGCGGUGCCUGGGAGCCAGCCCGACUCCGUCGGAGGUGGACAAGCACCUUCUCUGGCAUAAAAUUGACCGGAGAGCAGAACUGGACUUUUCCACCUUUCUGAAUAUAAUGUACAGGCAAAUGCAGCAGGAAGACCCGCAGCAGGAAAUCCGCACCGCCAUGGCCAUGAUAGACAGGCAGAAGAAAGGCUUCAUCCCCGUGUCCGAGCUGAGAGCCAAGCUCACCAAGAUGGGAGAAAAGCUUUCGGAGGAGGAAGUGGAUGACCUUCUGAAGGAAGCCAAGGUUGGACCAAAUGGGAUAAUAAAAUAUGAAGAUUUCAUCCGUAGGAUCACAAUUCCCGUCACAGACUACUGAAUUUUGGAAGAGCAGCAGGCAUACAGGAAGUAGCAACCAGUAUCUCGUGUUUCCCUCCGUUCCUCUGGACUCUUUAGAGUCAUUCCUGCUUGCCUUUAAAGAUCUUUUGCCUUCUCUUGUCAGUUGGGAUACAGCAUCGCACGUCAGAUGUUUGAUGCAUUAUUUCCAAUAAAUGAAUUGAAAACUU